AUGCCGCACCAAACGUUACCGCGCCCGGGGACCCGUGACGGUGCCGGUGCCCGAGCAUCCCCCGGCAGGGCCGCACCGGGCCGGGGUCGCGGGUCGCCCCUUCCCCCGGUACCGGUGCCGGUGCGGGGCCGGAGCCGCCCCCGGCGGGGCCGAGCACGCACGGAGCCAGCCCCGCCCCCGGGCUAUAUAUCCCCUCCGCCAGGCUGCCCCGCUCCCGUUCCCGUUCCCAUGGCGGCGACGGCAACGACGGAUCCGGAUCCGUCUGCGGGCGACGAGCAGCGUCCCGAUCGCGGCGCUUCCAACACCGGCAACGCUCCCCCGACCACCCGCGGCGGCGGCGGCGGCGCCGACAAGAGCAGCAGCAGCCCCGGGUCGGUGGAGCUGGCGGCGGCGCGGCGGCGGCUGGUAGCGGCGGAGGGGCGGCGGCGGGCGGCGGCGGAGCUGGAGAGCCGCGUCCGGCAGGUUCACUGCGCGCUGCGCCACGCCGAGCUGCGCCUGGCCGCCCGCGCCGAGGCCCUGGGCCGCCUGGGCGCCGGCGUGGCUCAGGCGCAGCUGUCCCUGGCGGCACAGAGCCAGCGGCUGCAGAAGGGGCUCCGCCGCCGCCCCCGCCCCCGCCCCGCCGCGCUCCUGGCCGCCGCCCGCGCCCUCCGCAGCUGCGUCCCGUGGGGUCCCGCACGCUCCCGCGGGGCCGCAGCGCCGCCCGCCGCGUCCCGCCGCCUGCCCGCCGCCCCCCGCAGCCCCGCGUAG